AUUGCCUUUUACGGCCAACAGGUGUCAGUGUGGACGUCGCUGUUUCACCUCCCCCUCCCACUUCGUGUGUCGAGUUGUUGUGUAGCGACAAGCGCAGAGAAAAUGGAGGACUGAGCAGGAUGCAGUAAAAAGACCGAAAUAUACUUAAACUAAAACAAAACAUAGCCAGUAAUGUGUGAUGAGCUGGACCGUCUGAACGAAGAGAUUGAGCGGCUGUCUCGCCAGACCAUCCAGGGAGGAAGCUUCCAGAUACCCCGAUCUCUUCCAGUCGCAUCCACUCUUCCCCUUUGGGAAUCACAAGCUGUUCAUGGUGAAAAAAGUGAACUAAAUGAGGCAAUCGUACAGCAUGAGCAUCUGUUUGUAGGGCUUCAGGAGUCAGGCAUUCAGUUCCCACUAUUUGACCUUUAUGUUCCUAAUGCUGAGUCGUCUGAUGUUUUGGUGACUAUGUUGAGUGACACAGAUCCCCUCCUGCCCUCAUCUAGUGCUCCCUUUCAGUUAGACCUGCAGGGGUCACCCAGCAAAACUUCAGGUAUUCUGUUUGAACAUAGUGACAUGUCAGCCAUGGAGGACACUGUAAGCUCUGAGCUCUCUCAAGUCCCAGAAUCAGAACAGAGCCAGGAUCUCAUGGAUAUCGGCUCUCAAGCAUCCACCGUGGAUGAAAAAGAAGACCAAAGCAAUGAUGACACUGAAAAUAUAGACGAUGACUCAGGAAAAGUUGUCCAGCCAACCAGUAAGGAGUUUAAGAAGACAUGGGGUUUCCGUAGAACCACUAUUGCAAAACGAGAGCUGCCUGGAGAGGUGGACUUUAAUGAUCCGUUGAACGCACCCCUGCGCCGUAGUGGCCGUCAGUCGAAGAGAACGGAUAAGAUGGAAGAAUUUCUGUCUACGUCGAAGCGGCGUGGGAGGAGGAGCGCACCGGCUAACCUAGAGAGCUUCGACCCCACAGACACAGAAACGGCCUCUGAAGCCAGCUUCGAUGGGAAUUCAGAGGCAAAGACCCCAAGCCAGGCCAGCGUUGAAAGCCUGGACAUGAAAGCAACCCCUGACGACGAUGGAGGUAAGAAUGAACCGGACGCUGCUGCCGCCAGUCAGGACAGCAGUGAGGCUAGUGACAGUGAUGAACUGACGCUGAAAGAGCUGCAAAAUCAGCUAAGGAAGAAACGGGUGGCAGGUGCCCCAGGGGCUGAGGAAGAGGGGCUGGAAGAGGUUGAAAGUGCAGAAAAGCCUGUGGAUGAGACAGGCAGCAAGAGGCUGUCAGGCAGCCCAGGGAGAGGAGGUGCAAAAGAGAGUGCCAUUAAUGAUGCGGAGACCAAACCAGGACAGAAAGGCAGCAAAGAUGCUGGACGUGAGGGACCUUCAACCAUCAAAUCAGACGCUGAGGGUUAUGAUCCCAAUGCACUGUAUUGCAUCUGUCGGCAGAAGCACAACAACAGCCCCAGUGACGGGUGCCUUGAGAGUUGCAGCAGUGUGGUCCCAUUCAGAACAGCAGCUGGUGUGUCAAUGACAGAAAGUAGAGCUGACAGGCAGUUGGCAGACAGAGAUGAGAGAGGCACAGGACAAAAGAGAGAGGAGAUAAAGUCAACAGUAGUAGGGUUUAUGAUAUGCUGUGAUCGCUGUGAGGAGUGGUUCCACGGAAACUGUGUCGGCAUCACGGAAGCCCGCGGCCGCUUGCUGGAGAGGAAUGGAGAGGAUUACAUUUGCCCAAACUGCACUCGCUUGCAAAGCCAGGGAGACAGAACUCCUCUCACGGGGGAGGAGCAGCCAGAACUGAAGUCGGGGAAGACCUCUGAAGACCAAACUGCAGCACCUACCGACGCAGAGAAGCCAAGCGAGGAUCAGGGAAUAAAAGGCAGGAUAGAAAAAGCCACAAAUCCCAGUGGCAAAAAGAAAAUUAAAUUAUUCCACCCGGUUGUUGAGACUAGUACACUCCCGAAGUGUAUUGGUUCAGGGUGCUCUAACCAUGCCUUGCCAGACUCGGUUUACUGCGGUAACGAUUGCAUUCUCAGACAUGCUGCUGCUGCAAUGAAAUCCCUAACGGAAGUCAAAGAACCAAAACCAAAAGAAAAACCUAAACUGAAAGUGCAGAGAAAAUCACCUUUGAAAACCCCACCCAAGGGGCAAAAGAGAGUUGGUCCUGAACGGAAGGUUGUGAAGAAGACCACGGUGAUGGUUAGUCAGCCAGCAGGAACUUCCGAACCAGAGACGGACCAAUCCGGACAGGAAAGUCACAUGCCGUCCUGGUCCAGCGAUCAUAAUUACAAUGCAGUACAGACAGAAAAGACUGCAGCCAUUUCAUCAUCUGUGUUUUACAAAUCGUCUGCAAAGGAGACGGAAGGAGAUGGCAGCAAAAUGGAGUCGACUACAUCAAGCAAACAGCCUUCUGGGCCAUCCUCAACAGCCCCAGCAGCCAAACAACAUCAUGCUUCUGGUGGGGCUACUGCUAAAGCAAAGAAGCACCCUCCUCUGUCUGCCACCAGCAGUUUGGCUUCCAAGAAGACUCCAUCGUCUUUGAACAAAGCUAAGAAUCUUAAGAGCCUCAGCCCUGCUCCUAGUACAGGCCUAUCUGCCUCUAAACACCAUGCCUCUGGGGCUCUGAGUAUCACCAAGACUUCAUACACAAUACCCAAGAAACUGCCGUCCACUUCCGGUGCUUCCCCUGCAGCGAGACAGCCUUCAGGGUCGUCAGUAACUGCUGCCCCUGCUGCUCCAUCUAAACCAGCCCUGCCCAGCGCUUCCCAGCCUCAACCCAACAACCAAAUCAGACAGAACAUCCGCCGCUCGCUCACUGAGAUUCUCUAUAAAAGGGUGAGCGACAGCGAUGACCUGGAUAUAUCGGAGAAUGAGGUUGGCAAGAUUGCUUUCAACAUUGAGAAAGAAAUGUUUAGCAUGUUCCAGAACACAGACAAUAAAUACAAGAAUAAAUAUCGGAGCAUCAUGUUUAAUCUCAAGGAUCCUAAAAACAAGGGUCUGUUUUAUCGUGUGAUCGGGGCUGAGAUUUCUCCCUACAAGCUUGUGAGGUUAAACCCAGAAGAGCUUCUGUGCAGGGAGGUGUCUGAAUGGAGGGAAAGGGAAACCAAUGAGGCCCAAGAAUCAAGCCAGAAGUCUCAACGUGAACCUCAGAAGUACGGGCUAAAGCAGGAGAACGUGCCCGAUGUGGAUAUGGAGGAAUCUCCACCAAUGUCUGAUGGAGACGAACAGGAGGAGCCUAAACCCACCCCUCCAAAAAGCACUCUUCCAGUUCCUGACAUCUUCAGCAGCAUGUUGAAGGACACCACGAGUGAACACCGUGCCCACCUCUUUGAUCUCAACUGCAAGAUCUGCACAGGCCAGAUGUCUGCAGAAGAGGAACCGGUGCCAAAAAAAACAAAGAUAUCAGUAACUACUACUGUGAAAAAGCCAGAGCCUAAAAUAAAACAAGAGGCCAGACCCACAAUGGCGUCCGAUUCUGAGGCAUCACCAAAAACAGCUGACGGAAAAUUGCAGUGUGCCCCAGGCAGCACAACCGCAGAGAGCACCCCUGAACCCAAGUGGAAGACUGAAGUCCAUCACCCCAUUACUGACUCGCCAGCAUCGCCUGAACAACCUAGCAGUCCUAUUAGCACGUCCUCCUCUUUCACUCCCAUCCCUAUCCCAGCAGUGUCUUCAGUAACCAUCAUGCACAGAGACCCCAGGACAGCAGGGUACCGCCCUUCUGUUACAGUGACGCCUGCACCACUGAUCGUACCCACUGAGGCACCACCUGCUAGCACCACUGCAGCAGGAUUGAAAACCGAGAUUACCAAACCUGCAAUGCCCCCCCCUCCGCCAGCUGUUCCCAAGUCAAUACUGCUGAAACCUGUUUCUUCUCCGGAUACCAGAUACUUUUCCACAUCUUCAUCUAGUGUCAGCAUUGCCGAGUCCCGGUCCCCUCAGGAUGGAGAAACCACAGUCUUCCUAGCUAAGCAGGAGAUUGCUUGGAAAGGAUUUAUCAACAUGCACACUGUGGCAAAGUUUGUCACAAAAGCUUAUCUGGUUUCCGGGUCUAGUGACUUUCUUGCAGAGGAUUUACCAGAUACAGUCCACAUCGGCGGUCGCAUUUCCCCACACACAGUCUGGGAUUAUGUGGGGAAACUAAAAUCAUCUCUAUCUAAGGAGCUGUGCUUAAUCCGCUUCCACCCCGCAACUGAAGAGGAGGAGGUCGCCUACAUCUCUCUCUACUCCUAUUUCAGCAGUCGUGGGCGCUUUGGCGUGGUAGCCAAUAAUAACCGACGAAUUAAAGACCUGUAUCUCAUCCCUCUAAGCGCCAAGGACUCUAUCCCAUCCAAACUUUUACCCUUUGAUGGGCCAGGAUUGGAGUCCUCCCGUCCCAAUCUUCUCCUUGGUCUGGUAAUCUGUCAGAAACUCAAACGUCCUGGAGCCCCUUCUGAUCCGGAAAAGGGUGAAGAGAAGAAACUUAAAGUUCAGGUUCAAGAAGAGGAUGAUGUUUCUUCUCUUUCAAAAGCACCAACGCUUUCCAAACCUGAAAGUAAAUCUGAGAAACCUCUGCUUUAUAAUCCUGAGAUGCCCAUUAGCACUACUCCUCCUGGGUCUCCCCCAUCUGGUACUUCUUCUGAAUCGUCCUCAAGUUCAUUCACGACCCCGUCUGUGUUCUCUCUCCUGUCCUCUGUUAAAGCUGCUACUGCCAAACCAACAGCAGGAGGAGGCGAAACUCCACCAUCAGGCACUUCUGCCACAGCCAGCUCAACACCUCUGCAGCAGAUCCUAAACACUCUGUUUGGCAAAAAGAAGCCCAGUGAGUCUACAGAUUCAUCCCAGUCUACACCAGAACAGAGUGCAGUUGAACUCACAGUAUCUUCAGCUCCCGUUAUUGACCCGAUAGUGCAACAGUUUGGUCAGAUAUCCCAAGAUAAAACCCUGGAUGAGGAUGAUUAUGAUAGACCGUACGAUCCUGAGGAGGAAUAUGAUCCAGAAAAGCUCUAUGGAAUGGAUACGCCUGUCAAUAAAAACAAACUCUUUCAGACCAAAAAGGUGUGUGAGGCCCCUGAGGUUGACGAAGAGGCCUAUGACCCCGAAGAUGAAACCAUAUUUGAAGAAGCAAAAGUUGUAGUCAGUGAUUUCCCGAGCCGUGUGCUGGGCAUAAAGAGCAAAGACCGGCCUGCUAAUUACAUAGCACCCGUAAAUGAUUCAUCUUCACUGACGGAACAACAGAAGAUGCUAGAAGAGUUAAAUAAACAGAUCGACGAGCAAAAAAGACAACUGGAAGAGCAAGAGGAGGCUCUUAGACAGCAGAGAGCUGCAGUUGGGGUUUCCAUGGCUCACUUCUCCGUGUCUGAUGCUUUGAUGUCACCUCCUCCAAAAUCAUUAGUAGCAAACAGUGACUCUAUACAGUUGGGCAAGAAAGCAGAGGCAAUAGCAAAACCUCCAUCUUUACCAAAGCCUGCCCAAGUAAUAAAUCAGCGAAGAGACCCAAGGCAGAGCAGGGAUCCCAGGCAGGCAGCGACUAGGAGGCCAUCUGAGAAAGAAGAGGUGACCACAACAGUCGCUGCUGAAGUUUCUUUUUCUCCAUCACAGCCAGUGGAGGCGCUGAAUCAACCUGCCCCAAAUGUUGAGCCUGAAAGUAUGGAAAUGUCCAUACCACUAUUGGGGGAGAAAAUAGAACCCUAUCCAAUUACUUCUGAAACUGUUGACAUCAAGCUGAUUGAAAAUUCUGCUCCACCAUCUGGUCAGUCAGCAGGAGAUGCAUUUUCUGAAGCUGCAAGCAGUCCUUUUACGUCUUGGCCAGACCCUUCAAGUCACCAAAGCCCUGGAGACUUUUCAAGUGGUCCAGUGCGGCCCACACGCAAAGUUUUACUGCCAACGCCAUCUCAGCCUCCAAUGUAUCCACCACCAAGUGACAGUGUGUCUCCUGUUUUAUCCUCGCAGCCUGAAAGCACGCACCCAACCGUUUCCAUGCAAGAUGCUGUUCACAUGUCACAGACGGGAAUGCCAAACCCAGAGUUCAUGAACCAGCAAGAGGUGCAAAAAGUUCCUUUCCAGUCUCAGUCUGGUCCUCCACAUUUUGAGGGACAGACUGAUCAGUCCCAGUUCAGAGAUGAGAGACAAUCCUAUCCGUUCCAGGAGCAGUGGGGAGGGUCCCCACAGCAGUUUGAUGGGCCGAGAGGACCUCCUCCCCCUCACGUGAUUGGACAGGGGGCGCCUGUCCCAUUCCAGCCAAUGGGACAAAGGGGGCCACCCCCAUCAAGAUUUGCAGGCCCCAGGGGUCCCCCACCUCCCCAACACUUGGGGCAGUUUCAAGAGGGCCAUGGAACUUCACAUGGACAAAAUGAACCUCCCCAGCCCAGGUUUGGAGGGCCAGGAGGACCUCAUUUUCCUGGACCGAGGGGCCCCCACCCACCUUUCAUGGGACCAGCACCUGGUCAGUUUGAAAACAGAGGCCCCCCACCAUCUCACUUUCAAGGACCACCACCCCCACACCAAUUCGGGGAACAGGGUCCCCCACAGCCAUUUAUGGAUCCACAAAGAGGACAUGAAGAAAAGCAAUACGACAACAGUAACACUUAUCCACAGGGGAUGGAACAUCACAGAGCACAGCCACCACCUCACAUGUUAAGAGACAAUAAUAAUAGGACAUCUUCGCCAUCUCCCUUGAUGGGACAAAGAGGGCCCUCACCAAACCAGUUUGAUGGUCCGAGGGGCCCCCCUCCAAAUCAUUUCGAUGGGCCAAGGGGCCCCGCUGCAAAUCAUUUCGAUGGGCCAAGGGGCCCCGCUCCAAACCAGUUUGAAGGUCCGAGGGGCCUCGUUCCAAACCAGUUUGAUGGUCCGAGGGGCCCCGCUCCAAACCAGUUUGUUGGUCCGAGGGUCCAUCGCCUGACACCACCGGGGGAUAUGGGCGGGCAUAGAUUCCCACCUCCAAACCAGUUUGGAGGUCCAAGAGGUCCUCCGCCCCAUCUUCAGCAGGGUCAGCGGGUACCUUCACCCCAGCCCAGGGGCCCUCCACCCCAGAAUUUUGAAGAAUACAGAGGUCCUCCUCAACAGUUCCAAGGCCAGCGGGGACCCCCACAACCCCAGUUUGGAGGUUCAUGUGGUCCUGGACCUGCUCAGUUUCCAGAUAAAGGUGGACGUCCUCGAUUCCAUUAUGAAGGUCAGCCUCAUCCUCAAGACGGCAGAGCAGCUCAUCACCCUAGACCUCUGCUUCCUAAUCCCCCUGAACAGCCUCAGGAAGGCUGGAAUAAAGCUCACAGACAGAACCGUUUUGAACAUGACCCAGAGUCCGAACCCGAUGAGCAUUGGCAGUCUCCUGAUAUGAGGGGGAGAGACAGAGGCAGAGAAAAUUCUGAGCCUCGGAACAAUGGGGAGAGGCAAAGGGAUAGAUUUGAUGCAGGCUCCCGUGAAAGAGCGAACCCCCAAGGUCCUGUUCGUCAAUCAGAUGAAAGGCAGAAUCGAUUAUCAGAAGAAAGGAGAAGAGAUCGGGAUGGAGCUCACGGCAGGCCAUGGGAGAGAAACCAGGGUAAACCAUGGAGCAGAGAGCGAGAAUGGGACAGAAACAGAGAAAGAGACAGAGACAGAGAUUCUGACCGAAACAGAGGCAGGGAUUGUGAGAGACACAGAGAUAGAGACCAAGCUCCAGAACAGGAAGUGGACAGGAACAGAGAACGAGACCAGACUCGAGGCAGGGGCAGAGAUAGAGAAUCGGACAGGAGAGACCAUGAACGGGACAGAACGAGGAACAGAGACAGGGAACGGGACCGGGAUCAUGACAGAGAGACUCACAGAAGAAGAGACCGCGACCGAUCAAGAAGUAGGGAUAGAGAGCGUGGACGAGACCGGGACAGGGACAGAGACCGAACAAGAGACAGAGAUCGGGACAGGGACAGCAGGAGGGACAGAGAACGAAAAGAUAGAAGCAAGAGUAAAGAAAAGGGGAAAGAUACCAGAAUGGAAGCAAAAAAUCAGAGUGAGAAAACUGUGGAAGCAGAAACUGCUGCUGAAAAAAAUACAUCGUCCUAACUGCCCCAGGAACAAAAGAGACUCCAAGGGACAAUAUGUGGUUGGCUCUUUAAUACUUUUAUCUUCCACUGACAAUGAAAUAUUAAAACAUUAUAAUAUUCUAACUUUGGACUCUUUUUUUUAAAGCUGUCACAUGGCAUGUAAAUACUUUUCUUAAGCCACACAGACAUUGUUUACGACUGUGUUCUAAAGUUUCACAACAACAAAAAAACUUUUUCUGGCUGGUUUCACAGACCCCGAUUAGCACUAAUCUUGGAUUAUAUAAUGUACCUAACCAGCUGUUCAAGCCAGUUCAAGAUGUUGCUGGACUGCAAUUCAGUCUUUUUUUUGUUGUUUUUUUUGUUUGUUUUCUUACAGUAUAGAUUUCUUUACUACAGAACUUGUUAGAAUGUUGUUUCAAAAGUGCUUGCUCCCGUUGAAUUGCAGUAGGUCAGUAGGAUUCACAGAUAGAAGCUAUGUAUAAGAAGAAAACAAGAUAAGUGUCUGAUAUUAUUGUGUGUUUCUGUUUUACAUGAGCCUGUUUUUCCUAAGCCGUACAGUUUUAUUCAGUUUCUGACUAAGCACUAUUUAGAUACAUUUUGAGGACGUGUUGCGGUAGGACCGUGUCGGAUCCUUCUUAAAGUGGUAAUCACUUUAUUUAGUCGAAUCAUAUGUCAUUUUUUAAAUUUGUUUUCUAAAAUGUACGGCAUAUAUUUUUUUUUAGUAAACUAUAUGCAUUGUGUUGUGAAAUCUUAGAAAAUGUGAUUCUGAUUCUUAAAAAAGAAAAAAAAUGUAUGUGAGUUGCAUUUAUUUCCGGUGCAUCUAAGAAAGCACUCACAUUAUUACUUUUUCCACUUCAUUCUUCCAACGCCUUGACUGUAACAAAAACCCCAUCACUGUUUGACAUUGCUGAACUGAAGAGGCCCUUAUUUGCCAGGUGUCAUCAUCUUCUGUAACGCUGCUCAAGAAAUAACAACUCCUGAGAGUCAUGUGGCAGAUAUAACCCGGUAUCUACUAUUGCUUCAAAACAAUUACCCACACGCCCCAUUAUUAAGGUAACUACAAAAUGUAAAUUAUCCAGACACACAAUGUAUCUUGAGUUAUUUAGUCUGGAUUCAAAGGUUCUAUUUACUUUGAAAGGAACCAUUCUACUGAACAAAAUGGAGAAGAUGAUGAUAGAAUGUAAUGUUGAAAAUGUUUUCAUUUUUUGGUUCAAAAUCUAUGACUGUGGACUGCUGAAGAUGCUCUGCAAGAUCCCUGUAUCCUGUGUUCAGACACUUGUUAAAUUGUAUUUUUUAAUUAAAACUUACUACUGUUUAUA